AUGGCAGCCAAUUAUUGGGCCUCAACACAGAAGAAUCACUGGACAAUUGAUCGUUGGACAUUAGCAAAAAGUAGGGAGGAAGAUUUGGAACACGUCCCAAUAAAUGAUUACGUUAAACUGAAAAUAUGGUUCUGCCACUUAAUUCAAAAGCUUUCAAAACGUUUGCAAUUAAGACAGCAAAUUGUCGCAACGGCUUUCGUUUAUUUCAAACGAUUUUACGUAAACAAUAGUCUUAGAGAAACAGAUCCAGUGCUGGUAUUGGUGACAUGCGUGUAUUUAGCAAGUAAAAUCGAAGAAUGUCCAGUCCAUAUAAAAAUUAUAACUCAAGAAGCGAAAACAGUAUUUCAAGCCGAUUUUGGCGGAUUUCCAUACGAUGCUUCCAGAGUGGCAGAAUUCGAGUUUUACUUGUUGGAAGAGCUUGAGUUUUGUUUGAUUGUUUGGCAUCCAUAUCGUUCUAUAACUCAGAUAUGCAAUGAAUUAGGCAUGCGAGAGUCCGGCAUUCAAUAUGCUUGGUUCAUUGUCAACGAUUCCUACCGAACCGAUGUCUGUUUAUUAUACCCACCUCACCUCAUUGCAUUAGCCGCUAUUUAUUUAACUGUUGCUUUAAACCAUGCUGAUUUUGCGCCAGGAUCUACAGGAGAUCAACGUGAUAUGAAGCAAUGGUUUGCUGAUUUGAACGUAGAUAUGACCAGUAUUGUCGAGAUUAGCCAAGAGAUACUUGCAAUUUAUGAAAUUUGGGCUGACUGGAAAGAAGAAAAAAUGCUACCACUCUAUAAGGAGCUGAAAAGUAAGCAAGCUAAGCAAUAA